AUGUUAAUAGCAAACCACGUGUUUGCUUUUAUAUGGUUUAUUUGGAGAUGUACUAUAGAUGGUAACAUAUCUUUUAUAUUUAAAGCUAUAAAUAGUAAUGGAUACCGACCACUAGUAAGCAGUGAAUUCACUCCUACAACAGAAGAACUAUUUAAUGAUGCUUAUAUGGUUCAGUACUAUAUGAGAGGCAUUAAGGAACAUAAGUCCAUUCGAUUUUUUAUGUUAGAUAUGUCUCCUGAAUGCCCAAAAUUCCAAGGAAAUAAUUCAUCUUUUGCAAUGUGUCAUGAACAAGAAAAGUGUCAAAUAAAUGACUGUGAUGAUUCUGGAUUAAAUCAGAUAUUUGGUGGUAUAGUUACGCAAUACUCUGCACUUAACUCAAAAACUGGAAAAUCAAGCUCUUGUGAAGAAGAAUUGACAUUAAUAGACAUGGCAAUAAAUCCUCCUUGUAAUACUGACUAUCAAGGAGGUGAAAUAUGGAAAGUUGUAUACAGCGAAUUAUAUAAAGUGAAUAAUUCAAGAUUAGAAGAAAUGAUAUCUGGUAUGCAGAGUAAUAUUGCAAUUCAUGCAUCUAAUAGAUAUUAUAAAACUAAAGAUGGACAAUAUCAAUACAGUUUAACCAAUUUUAUAAAUAAGUUUGCAAAAUUUGAUAACCGUGGAUCUAAUCUCCUAAAAACUUUUUAUUAUGUAUUACGUGGAGUUUGUAUAUUGGGACCCACUAUAAUAAACUAUAUUAAUACUUUAGAUUCAAAUUCUACAGAUAUUUCAUUGAAACAGGAAAUAUCUCAACUUGUCAAUCCUAAAUUAUACUAUUCUUGCAAAGAUGAAUAUAUAAAUAAAGAUAUAGAGAACAUACAAAAUAUUCAAGCUAUGAGAAAUUUUUUUGAACUAUUGAUUAGAAUGCUUGGAUGUGUUGAGUGUGAAAAGUGUGUUUUACAUGGAACUAUAAAGGGUACCACACUAAAGCUUACUAGUAAUACAUUUAACAAAAAGACAGUUCCUGAAAAAUUACAAAGUCUUGAUUUAUUUGCACUAAUAAAUGGUCUUGAUAUAUUCACAGAAUCAAUUACAGUUAUAGAUAAGUUUGCAAUGAGAGUUAAAUGUGGAAUUUUUAUUUUAUCCUUAUUUUUAUUUGUCCUCAUAUUCAUCAUCUAUUUAUUUACUUCACCCACAAAAACCAAUUUCUUCAAGAUUUUAAGAAGUAAUUUUAAGAAGAAGGUAGAGUAA